GUAGCUCGAGAGAGUCUCUCGGGAGGCUGGAUUAGCCACAAGUUGUGGUGAACCAGGGUAAAAUUCGGUGUGCCUCUUACUCUUCUCUUUACUUCUCUUUUAAAUUUUUAAUUCCUGCGAUUUCUCCGAUCAAACGCUAUUCACCCCCCCCUCUAGCGUUGGUCUUUUAUUCUAACAAUUGGUAUCGGAGCCUAACUCGCGUCCAAACUUAACCGUUUGAGAGUAAGCGAUCAUGGGUUCUUCUUCUAGAAAUCUCUAUGCAGGAAUUGGAGAAGGUCAGUCUACGUCUAGGCCACCACUCUUUGAUGGCACCAACUAUUCCUAUUGGAAGGAACGUAUGAGAAUCUACAUCCGUUCCACCAACUUCCAAUUAUGGUUGGUAAUCAAAAAUGGAGAACAAAUUCCAAUGAAGAAAGUAGGAGAAACCACGGUUCCAAAGACCGAGGUCGAAUUUGAUGCCGAGGACAUCAAAAAGGUGGAGAACUAUGCCAAGGCUAUCAAUAUGCUGUACUGUGCCGUCAAUCCUGAUGAUUACCGUAAGAUUUCUUGCUGCACCACUGCCAAAGAAAUGUGGGACAAGCUAGAGGUCACAUAUGAAGGAAAGAAGACAACGGUUUCCAAGAAGAAGGGCAACGCCGAAGCUACGACCUCAGCGCCACCGCCGUUCCCCUACCUGGACGGCUCGUUUCUUGAGUUCGGGUCGGAGGAGGAACUCAACCGGUUCCUCACGCACUUUGCCAAGCGUCCCAUUUCUCCGCCUAGGGUGCUACCCGAGUUGUACCCUCAACAAAAGGGGUACCACGACCUCGACAAUCAGCUUCAAGCAUCGGGUCUGUGGUCAUUCGUCUCCAGGAGCCGCUCGAGCUUCAAUCCCGCCUUUGUGCGAGCCUUCUACUCCAAUCUCUGCCGGGACGGGGACACCAUUCGCAGUAGCAUCAAUCUCUACGACAUAGAGAUUGAUUUGCCUACCUUCGCUCGGGUCGCAGGGCUGCCCAUCCGCGGUGACGACAUCGCAAUCUAUGGUGGCGAUGAUUGGAUCCUCAACAACGAGGCGGUGGUCAUCCGAGAGCUUGGGAUCACCAACCUCAUCCGUCACAGCGGCGCACCGACGAUUCACUCGGCCCCACCGGACAAGCGCCUCCUCCUCUACAUCAUCCCCCGGAUUCUCCGCCCCCGGGACAGCAGCCAUACCUCGCUCUUCAACGAGGACUUGAAGGCGAUUCAUGCCAUCAUCCACGGCGCCUCCAUCAAUUGGGCGAAAUUCGUGAUGAUCCACAUGGCGGAUUGCGCCUCCAUCGCCACUGAGCGGAGCUUGCCAUACGCCUUCCUCGUCAUGGACCUCAUCAUCUCCGCCGACAUCUCCAUCGCCGGCCCGGAUACGAAGAUGACAAAGAUUUGGAUCAUCCAAGACAGCACCUUCCGGAAGAAGUCCGUUGUGGGGAGCUUAGAAACCAUUGAGUCGGAGAUGCAUGAAGAUCUACGAUGCAAGAAGCAGCGUGUCAUUCCCGUUGAAAAAGAGAAGCAGUGUGUUAAAGACAGUGCUGGAACAUGCUGUGCUUUUCUAACUUUCUACAGUGAUGACGAUGACUCUGAUGGUGACGUUGAUCCAAAGGAGAUGCUUAUAAUUGUUGAAGAAAAAUUUCAAGAGUCUCUACGGAGAUACAAAGGUAAAGUUACAACAGAGGAUGACACCAAGGAUGAUACGGAAGAUGACACAGAGGUUGACACAGCAGAAGAGCUAGUUAUUCUCCAAAGAAAGUGGGCAGAACUUCUUCAAGCUAACAAGAAAACUGUCUUGGAGAAUCAUCAGCUUGUUACCGAGCGGAAUAGAAUAAAGGACGAUAUUUCAGAAUUAGAAAAGAAGAUUGGAGGCUUAGAAGGGCAACAAUAUAAUCUCAAGUAUGAGUUAAAUCAACUCAAUAAUUAUCAAAAAUGGGUGAGGAGUGCUGGAGCAAAAGCUAUUGAGGGACAAGUGAAUAUUUCAAAAUUCUAUGGAGACAAGACGGGUCUCGAAUUUUCAUGUUCCGAAAGCAACAAGACCCCAAGGAAGUUGCUCAAAAGGACCCACAAAGAAGAAAACUAGAAGCUUCCAAAUCUACUGGAACAUCUUUUGUCAGACCCGGUGAAGCAUCUCAUGAAGCUUCUGCUGGAACGUCUUAUGCAGCACCCUCUGUAAAAAGGCAAAGACUUAUGACACAAUUUAGUAUGAGAAGACACAAGGAUCAUUAUCCUAAACUUGAAAGGUAUUCUUAUACUAAUGUAUAUGCUAAUUAUGUUUGUUUUUGUUGUGGAAAAAGGGGACACAUUUACAGGAAAUGCAAUAUUUUUAAAGAGCAAAGAUAUAGAAAAAAGAAUGCGACAACAAAGAUGAUUUGGGUACCUAAGAAUCAGAAAAAAAAAAGGUGAUAAUCUUUGUGCGAAGGAUGUUGGUCAUGAUCAAUGCCAUAUUGGUAGUGCAAGUAUGCAUCAAGGAGAAAUGAAAAUAGAUCAUUGGG